AGACGCUGGGCUUAAAUAAGAAGGCCUUUGCCCACGGCUCAGGACCACUCUCCUGGGACUACGGCUUCUUGACUACUGCCCCUUCUCCCCUCCAUCUAAACUGCAUCAUGACUGACUUCACUGCUGACCAGAUUGAGGACUUCAAGGAGGCCUUUGGUCUCUUUGACAGAGUUGGUGACAACAAGAUUGCCUACAAUCAGGUUGCUGACAUCAUGCGCGCCCUGGGACAGAACCCCACCAACAAGGACGUGAAGAAGAUCCUGGGUGACCCCUCUGCUGAAGAUAUGGCCAACAAGAGGAUUGACUUCGACGCUUUCCUGCCCAUGCUGAAAACUGUGGAUGCCAUCCAGAAGGGCACCUACGACGACUACGUUGAGGGUCUGCGCGUCUUCGACAAGGAGGGCAACGGCACAGUGAUGGGCGCUGAGCUGCGCAUCGUGCUGUCCACACUGGGUGAGAAGAUGUCCGAGCCCGAGGUUGAUGCCUUGAUGCAGGGACAGGAGGACGAGAACGGCUCUGUCAACUAUGAAAGCUUCGUCAAGCACAUCUUGUCUGUGUAAGACGUCGCCCCCCGGCCCAAGGGAGUGGUGAGGAAGGCGGUGUAUCUACAGACCCCAUGGUGUCAGGACAUCAACUCUGUUUAAGACCAACCGAGCAACAACAAAAAGGACUAUGAGAUGCCACUAAACCAUUC